GAUAGGAACGGAUCACUGAAAACCCCUGAUGCUGCAAUUAUAUCAAUUGAUGCAGAGAAGGCCUUUGAAUCCAUUUCCUGGGAUCACCUGUUCGCAACUCUUCCCAGGUUUGGAGUCGCAGACUCGGCACUUCCUCCAGGCUCUCUUACAGGACCUGCAGAAGGACCCAACAUCAGAAAUUGUGGAUCCUGCGAUAACUCUUUUUAAAGCAGGGAAAUAUAAUAUAACCACACUAUACAAAAUAGUUAUGAAUUGGAAAGAUACUGACAAUGUAAAAAAAAUUGCAGAAUGGUGGAAGGUCUCGGUUGAAACGAUACACAAAAGCUGCAAGCUGGCAGACGCAUCAACACUCUCCACUACUUGGAGAGAAUCACACACGAAAAUUAUUAAUCACAGACACGGCCAGAGCACUGAGAGAUAUCAGGUAUUGAUGUAACUGGAGUGAAUAAGGGAACCUUCUUCCUGAGCACAGACAUUGGAGCCUGUUAUCAGUAUGAACUCAUAUGUGUUAGACAAACACGUGAAUAGUUCAUAUCCCUCAUUCACUACAGAAAGCAACAGAAUGAUACCACAAACUCCAAAAAUCUUAGACACCAAUGACUAUUCACAAACAUUGGGGAUAUCACAAAAGAUAUUAAAAGACGAUGGUGAAUUGGCAGGAACUGGACAGCAAUCAUUAUGUACAGAGAGUAAUUUAGUCAUCAAACAAGAGGACAACAUUUAUGACUUAUCUAGUGAAAUUAUUAUCCCAGAGGAUAAACCACACAAAUUUACUGAGUUUUCAAAACAUAUUAAAGAAGGGAAAAGUCUACAGUCUAACCAAAUGAUUCAUACAAAUGAGAAACCUUUCAAAUCUACAGAAUGUGAGAAAAGCUUUAGAUGGAAGUCUCAUCUUCUAGAACACCACAAAAUACAAACAGGUGAGAAACCACACACAUGUACUGAGUGUGGCAAAUGUUUUACACAAAUGGAUCAUCUGAAAACUCAUAAAAAGAUUGACUCAGGGGAAAAGCCUUUCACAUGUACAAAGUGUGGAAAAAGUUUUACACAAAAGGGUAGUCUGAAAAAUCAUGAAAGGAUUCACACAGGAGAAAAGCCCUUUACAUGUACAGAGUGUGGAAAAUGUUUUAUACAAAAGAGUGAUCUGAAAAUCCAUGAAAGGAUUCACACAGGAGAAAAGCCGUUCACAUGUACAGAGUGUGGAAAAUGUUUUAUACAAAAGGGUGAUCUGAAAAUCCAUGAAAGGAUUCACACAGGAGAAAAGCCUUUCACAUGUACAGAGUGUGGAAAAAGUUUUACACAUAUGUGUAGUCUGAAAAAUCAUGAAAGGAGUCACACAGGAGAAAAACCUUUCACAUGUACAGAGUGUGGAAAAUGUUUUAAAGAGAAGAGUAAACUGAAAAAUCAUGAAAGGAUUCACACAGGAGAAAAACCUUUCACAUGUACAGAGUGUGGAAAAAGUUUUAUACAAAAGAGUGUUCUGAAAAGGCAUGAAAGGAUUCACACAGGAGAAAAGCCUUUCACAUGUACAGAGUGUGGAAAAAGUUUUAGACAUAAGAGUAAUCUGAAAAAGCAUGAAAUGAGUCACACAGAAGAAAAGCCGUUCACAUGUACAGAGUGUGGAAAAUGUUUUACAGAAAAGAGGGAUCUGAAAUAUCAUGAAAGGAUUCACACAGGGGAAAAGCCUUUCACAUGUACAGAGUGUGGGAAAUCUUUUACAGUAAAGAGUAAUCUGAAAACUCAUGAAAGGAGUCACACAGGAGAAAAGCCGUUCACAUGUACAGAGUGUGGAAAAAGUUUUAUAGUUAAAAGUCUUCUGAAAAAGCACGAAAGGACUCACUCUGGGUGGGAAAAGCCUUUUACAUGUACAGAGUGUGGAAAAUGUUUUAUACAAAAGAGUGAUCUGAAAAUCCAUGAAAGGAUUCACACAGGAGAAAAGCCGUUCACAUGUACAGAGUGUGGAAAAAGUUUUACACAUAUGAGUAAUCUGAAAAAUCAUGAAAGGAGUCACACAGGAGAAAAGCUAUUCACAUGUACAGAGUGUGGAAAAUGUUUUACAGAGAAGAGUAAACUGAAAAAUCAUGAAAGGAUUCACACAGGAGAAAAGCCUUUCACAUGUACAGAGUGUGGAAAAAGUUUUAUACAAAAGAAUGUUCUGAAAAAGCAUGAAAGGAUUCACACAGGAGAAAAGCCUUUCACAUGUACAGAGUGUGGAAAAAGUUUUAGACAUAAGAGUAAUCUGAAAAAGCAUGAAAUGAGUCACACAGGAGAAAAGCCGUUCACAUGUACAGAGUGUGGAAAAUGUUUUACAGAAAAGAGGGAUCUGAAAUAUCAUGAAAGGAUUCACACAGGGGAAAAGCCUUUCACAUGUACAGAGUGUGGGAAAUCUUUUACAAUAAAGAGUAAUCUGAAAACUCAUGAAAGGAGUCACACAGGAGAAAAGCCGUUCACAUGUACAGAGUGUGGAAAAAGUUUUACAGUUAAAAGUCAUCUGAAAAAGCAUGAAAGGAUUCACAAGGGAAGAAACCUUUAACAUGUUUAGAAAGUGGAAAAGGGUUUUUAUUGAAAUCAGAUAUCACAAAACACCAAAUAUUUACACACAAAUAAACUUUAUAUACACAGUGUACAAACCUCUACAAUUAUCCUAAAGAGGACAAACUCUCUAAAUAGAAGAAUAAAAAAGGAUCCUAUUGUAAAUAAUACUUUCUAAUCCCAGUUAUAAAAGCCCCAGAUUGGAAGUGCUCUCCUGCUGUCCUUUGUUCCUCUAUAUAUGUGCACCUCAGUUUCUCUCAUAUCAGUGUGAUAGAAUCCAAACACCACACAGGAAUAUACAGAUCUGCCCUCAUACUGACCAGUUUACACAACCAUUCACCACCAAAGCACCCCCAGUGUUGUUUAUUAAUAUGCCAGUGUUAUUAGUUGUACGUUUGUUUUACAUAGGGGAGGAAAAAAUUACAUUUACAGAAUAAAGAGUAUUUAUAUGAAUAGAGUGUUAGAGAAUUAUAUAAACAAGAACAUCAGUCUCAAAUGAUUGACAUCUGGGAGAUAUAUUUAAUGUGCACAUUAUGUGGAUAAACCUUUUCUUAUAGCAAUAGAUGCUUAGCAUUGUACAUGUUAUAUACCAGAGGAAUUACUGAGGGGGAACUGAUUUUAUUUAAUGAGACACAAUAUCAGUAACCAGUACAUACGUGAUCAUAAUCAGUUUCAUUUAAAUGGGUACUA